GAUCUCAAGGAAAACAAUAAACAAUUGAAGCAGACAAGACCGUCAAGACCGUGGUGGUGGACAACAAUGCAUCAUUAAUAUCAUUAAUGAAGCAAAACCAAGCGUGAAAUACUCGGUCAACAAUCUAGGUCUUUUGGAAAUCCUGCGUCUAUCAAGUGCCAAACGUAGCAAAUAUGGAGGUCCAAGCACUGCUCAACAAUUAUUUGAAAGUGGAGACGAUUGAAGAGGCUUUCCUCAGCGUCAUUGUUUACCAUCCAAAUGGAGAAGCGGAUAAGGCAAGCAAGUUUACAAAUGACAUAGUAAAAGCCUUUGGAAAUAUCCACCCAGACAACAAGGAGAAUGUGGUGAGACAAUACUUGCAGAAAGCAGCCACUGUAACUAACGCGAAUCACCUAAAGGUUUUGAUGUCUACUCUAGGCAAACUAACAGAAUUACAUCUGAUAACUGCUAAAUUGCUUUGUGAAAAGAUCCUUCUUUGCGACAAACUUAAUUAUGAGAACAAACUCUUCUGGAUCGAAAGUUUCCAAUUGAUUAAGAAAGUCAUACAUCACGUCGACUACAAGAAUGUACGUGAAAUAAUGAAGAUAACCCGUGAUAAGGCUGAAACCUUUCCUUUCAACGUCAAUGUAACAUAUAUACCACAAUUAUUGGCUUUGGAAGACACUAUACGAUACAUAUUUGAUCGAAACAGUUGUUUAUUGCCGGCAUAUUUCAUUGCCAAUGAAUUUAUGAAACCCUCACUCCAUCAUUGGAAAUUAAACUCCUUGAUGACAGAUGCCCUGGAGGAAUUUCGUAUGACUGCACAGAUGGUAUCCAUAAUUGGCCACGUACAUAUGUUACCAAUUGUUGAACAUUAUGGUUAUGCCGAUCAUAUGAUGAAUUCAUGGAAACUCGAUUCGAAUAAUUUGACAUUUACCUACAAGGGUACUUUACCCUUCGAGCUGGAGGAGCAGCCACAACUUUUACGCUAUGUCUUGGCACAAAGUUAUUCCAAGGAAAUGGUUUCGAUAAUGCUAAAUCUGCAAAAGCAACAAAAACAACGUUGUACUACAUUGGAAGAUCAAUUGGUGAAUUUAAUUAUUAAUGCCAUGGAAAUGACUGAAACAAAUGACAAUGCAGCUGGCAGUGGUUUCAAUUCUCCUGAAGAACAAAUACCCCACAAUGAAUGGGCUUGGUUGCAUUUGUCUUCGCAACUUAUCUACUUUGUGCUCUUUCAAUUUGCUAGUUUUACACACAUUGUCUUGGCCUUGUGCGAUAAGUUGUCCAAAAAGGAGCUGCGCAAAGGCAGGGAUAAUCUAAUGUGGAUAUUAUUGCAAUUUAUUUCCGGUAGUAUACAAAAAAAUCCGAUUGAGAACUUUUUCCCUAUGUUCAAAUUGUUUGAUUUAUUGUAUCCGGAACAAGAGCCCCUGAAUUUGCCAGAUUGUAAUAAAUCUUCAUUACUGAGACAGAUGGCCCCCAUUUGCAUUUGGAUACAUUUAAUGAAAAAAGCCAGAGCAUCGAAUAUGAAUAUCUCUCGUCCCCUGCCGAUAGCAUUGAAAGGUCAUUACGAUUAUUUACAGCAUUUGAUCAUGCCCAAUGCCAUAAUGCCCAUGAAUCUGGGUACAGAUUUUCGCAUUAUUCUGGUUUGCAAUGCAUACUCCACUAAUCAGGAAUAUUUCACCAGACCCAUGAACCUUUUGGUCGAGGCUUUGGCAGGUAAUGCUAAAACAUCUACAGGUGCUCCAGUACAACCGGUACCGUAUUCUAUGGUCGUAUUGGACAGUUUAACCGUUCACAGCAAAAUGUCCUUAAUUCAUGGGUUUGUUUCCCAAAUGAUCAAACAUGCCCAAUGCAAGACCUCUGUACCCACACCGGCAUUAAUUGAGACCUAUGCUCGCCUUUUGGUCUACACUGAGAUAGAAUCGCUGGGCAUCAAGGGAUUUUUAACUCAAUUAUUGCCCUCGGUAUUCAAACAUCAAGCUUGGGGAAUGCUACAUACUCUUCUGGAAAUGUUCUCCUAUAGACUACAUCACAUUCCCACACAUUAUCGGGUGCAGUUAAUAUCGCAUCUUCACAAUUUUGCACCCAUUCCCCAAACCAAUAAAAUGCAGCUGAAUUUAUGUUUUGAAUCAACAGCACUUCGUUUAAUAAAUGGCUUGGGCUCAGUUGAAUUUCAGCCACAACUUGCUUUAUAUUUCAAUGAGAAAUCACCGGGAUCUGUAACAUCUGCCGAGAGCGAAGAGCUUAACCGAGUUUUUAUUCUAUCUUUAGCCCGAGCAAUGCAUAUCACCGGAUCCGGAGAAGAAAUUCAGCCCUUGUGCAAAGACUUACUGUCGACAAUUAUGCAAAAUACUCCACAUUCCUGGGCUUCACAUUCAUUGGCCUGUUUUCCACCCGCCUUGGCGGAAUUCUUUACCCAAAACAAUCAUCCCGUGGAAAAUAAGCAGUUGCUCAAAAAAUCCGUAGAGGAAGAAUAUCGCACCUGGACAUCGAUGAGUAACGAAAACGACAUUAUCAAUCAUUUUAUAAAGCCCAAUACAAGUCCAUUGUUUUUGUGUCUGCUCUAUAAAAUGAUAUGGGAAACUGAAAGUAUAAGUCCAGUUGCCUACAAGAUACUGGAAGGCAUUAGUGCCCGGGCCUUGUCGGCAAAUCUACGAAAACUUUGUGACUAUUUAGUUAGUGAAGUGAACUCAAUCAACGGCAAGGAAUUCAUACAUAAAUGCGUCGAUUCAAUUAACAACAUGAUAUGGAAAUACAAUGUGGUAACCAUAGAUCGCGUGGUCUUGUGUCUGGUCCUACGCACCCAAGAAGGCAACGAGGCCCGGGUUUGUUUCCUUAUUAUACAACUUUUACUACUAAAAACUUCGGAGUUGCGUAAUCGCGUUACAGAAUUUUGUAAAGAAAAUCCUGAUCAUUGGAAACAAAAUAAUUGGCAUGAGAAACAUUUGUCCUUCCAUCAGAAGUUCCCCGAGAAAUUUGCUCCAGAUGAGUCAGCAUCACAUCCACCUUUGCCAGUGUAUUUUUCCAAUGUUUGUCUGCGUUUCUUACCGGUGUUGGAUGUGGUCAUACAUCGUUUCAUUGAAAUGCAACAUGUCCAUCAAAUUGCAGAAGUGAUUCUAGAUCAUUUGAGUAUUUUAUACAAAUUCCAUGAUCGUCCCAUUACAUAUUUAUACAACACAUUACACUUCUAUGAACGGAUUUUGAGAGAGCGGCCGUCGUUGAAAAAGAAAUUGGUUAGUGCUGUGACAGGUGCAUUUUGUGAUAUCCGUCCGGCCAAUUGGUGUGUAAGCGAACAGUACAAACUGUAUUUGCAAAGUCCAGAUUUGCUGUGGAAUCCUGAGUUAUCUUAUUAUAUAAAACUCAUUGCACGCUUGACAGAAACCAUAAGUGGUAAAAACGUAUUCUACAACACUGAUUGGCGUUUUAGUGAAUUCUCAAAUGCUCCAUCGCAUGCUAGAUAUGUCACAUGUGUGGAACUCUUAAGCUUACCAGUUGCACCACAAAUUGUGGCCAAUAAUCUCAUAGAUGUUAUUGUAAAAGGCUAUGCCUUGAUACCACAAAAGGAAAUCCAUGCCUAUUUAAAUUCUGUAGGCAUUGUAUUGGCCGAAUUGCCGGAAGCCUACUGGAGUCAAAUCUAUGAAAGGUUGCAAGAAGUAAUGAAUUCGCCCAAAAUGCUGCGAUGGUCAUAUCGUUUCAAUGCAUUUGAAAUGUUCAACUUUAAAAUGGUACGUGAGGCCAUGAUAGAGAAGACAUAUGCCGUAAUUUUGGCUGUGGCCCAUUCAAUUUUCCAUCAUAUGGGUGGCUUUAAAUUAGGCACAAUGAUAAAGUACAUUUCGCAAAAACUUAAACCCUGUGUACGCACCGAACAUCAAUUGAUAUUUUUGUGUCACGUAUUUGGUCCGUUUCUACAACGCAUAGAUAUAGAGAAACACAAUGGUGUGGCAAGCUUAGCCAUAUUACUCUAUGAAAUGCUGGAAGUUGUAGAUAAACAACAUGGACCCGCACCUCUGGAAUAUCUAGACCCCAUUUGUGACUUUUUGUAUCACAUUAAAUACAUUUAUGUUGGCAACAAAAUCAGGAAUGAAUGCGAAGCAAUAAUCAAGCGUUUAAGACCAGCAUUACAAAUGCGUCUACGCUUCAUUAGUCAUUUAACUGUCGAAGACAAGCACAUCGAUAAUAAGCCCCCGGAAAAUGUUCAGCAACAACAACAACAACAAAUGCAAAAUGUCAGCAAUCUUAAUACACAAAUGGCCCAACAACAGCAACAACAAUCAGCGCCACCAACGAACUUUGUCAAUAAUUCAAUGCAACAACAGAAUUUUGGAAAUAUGACCAAUCAACAACAACAACAGCUCCAGCAAGGCUCAAUGCAAAACAUGGCAAAUAAUCCAUCACAACAGCAAGGUAAUCAGAAUGCUCCACAAAUGUCUGGAAUGCCAGGACAGCAGCAGCAGGCUACACAAAUGACUCAACAACAAAUGCAACAGCAAUUGCAGAUGCAGCAACAUUUAAUGCAACAACAGCAGCAGCAGCAACAAGGCGGACAAAUGCGUCAUUAAAAUAUUAAAAAUUAUUCAUAAGAAAUAAAUAAUAAGCAUACAUAAUAUAUAAAUGUACUACUUACUAGUAAAUAACAUUGUUUUUAAACAAGA